AUGAGCUUCUUCAUCUCCACAAAUGCUUUAUUUGGGACGGCAGAGCCGAGCAGAAUCGAAAGAAUCAAUAGGGAAAAUGAGCGCGGUAACCUGGCCACCAUCACGCGUCUGGUCAUCAAGGGAUUGCUGGAGCAUUCGAUGAAGUCGCUGAAUCGACUUGUCAACGCAGACGGCACCGAGUUGUGCGACUUUUUCAUCAUGCUGGAGAAGGUGUUGUUUCAUGGACUGAAGACCAGUGAUAAAAAGGCGCUGAUUUCGCUCACUUCCCCGGACGCCGAUUUAUGGGCGACCCUAGGGCGAGCUCUCGUGGAUCCUAGAAAUUCUGAAAAUUCGAUUAGUCAGGCAUAUCGUUGCGUGGAACAGUUGGAGUACCUGAAAACCUCGAUUAGCAGGGUUCGGGCCCUUCUGCGGCUUUCCAUGAUGCAGAAGAGGCUUCACGAUUUGUUCACCGAUUAUACGAGUUCACCAGUGGUCAGGGAACAAUACGAGGAUUGGGCUCUCUUGCGAAGCCCAGACGCCGAACCCCUGGUCGGUCAGCUCAUCGGACUCUCAGUGCUCACGUGUACUUUCACUUUGGAUUUUGGGCUGCUAAAGGACCAACCAGUCACGAUUGAUCUAUCGCGCUAUAUCAAGAUCCCGACACAAAUAACGGGCGCCGAGGAAAUGAAUAUAUCUGAGGAUUUGAACGAGCAACAACAGGAAAUGAAAACGCUGCUGGAUCAGAAUCACUAUUUGGAGGAGCGGAAUAGAUUGUUACAGGACAAAGUGGGGGAGUUGAAGAAGCGGAUCUACGAAGAGGAAAACGGGUCUCCGUUGGAUGCAGCGGCGGUAUCCUUCCAACGGCUGUCUCAAGAAACUGCACGCCGGCAAUCGGAAGCCGAUUCUGGAAAGUUGUGGAUGGCUGAAAAGGAGAGACUGUUGGGAACUAUCAUCGAGAAAGAGGAUGCGAUGAGGCUAGCUGAACAGCAGAAGGCUGAUCUGGCAAAAAUGAACAAGGAGCUCUACGAAAAAUUGAGAGAGGCCGAAGAUGCCGAGAAAAAGCUGGAAAAUGAUUUUAUUUUGUUGAGGACACAGCAUGCUCAAGAAAAGCAAUCAAUGAUGCAAGCGAUGGAAACGCAGCACAGCUCCCAGGAGCAUGACCAAAAGCUGCUCGGCGAGAUGCACGCCAUCGGCGACAAGUACACCAACACCCUCAGCCAUCUGGAGGAGAAGCAAAAGGAGCUGAGAGCGGUAAAAGAAGAGCUGCGCAAAACCGAGCAAGAAAGGCAUCGCUUGGAGCAGGAGCUCAAGGAGCUCCCUUUUCUUACAAAGGAGAUAGAGACGCUGAAGGAGCAGCUGGGCGCCGUUGAGGAGAAGGCGAACAGCUACGAGACGGCCCUGAUGGAUCUGGGGUGUGAUUUGUCGAGCACCAAGCUGAAAAUCCUGGAGCUGCGCGAGGAGAUGCUGCCGAUGGGCGGUGACUGGCAAAAGGAUGCCGAGGUGGCCGGGUGCACCGGGUGCAACGUGCGCUUUAGUUUGACGAGGCGGAAACAUCAUUGCAGGGCUUGUGGCCGCAUUUUUUGCCAAGCCUGCUCGUCGACCCGCGUCCGAUUGCUGUCGUCGACGAACCCGGUGCGCGUGUGCCACGGCUGCUUCCACAAUCUGCAAACCCUCCACACCCAAAAUCCGGACGGAAAUACCCCA